GCGCGCCGCAGGCCCCGCCUCUGCCCUCCGACCCGGCUCCUGUCCCUCGGCGGUCAGCCCCGGAGACCCCGCCUCGACGGGCCCAUCGCGCGUCCGUGCGCCGCUCUCUCUGGGUUACCGCCCGGCGUGUCGGUGACCGCGGUGGGUGGAGAGGCCGCCGCCGAACCUGUUCCCGCAGCCUGUACGUGAGAGGCGAUCGGCUCCCAGGGGCAGCUCUGGACUGCACCCGCCGGCUGCCGGCAGGAAAGGAAACCAGGGCACGGCCAGACCAAGCAGCCCCCCACAUGACCGGGAGCUGACCUCCGGGACGCGCCGGCGGCGAUGGGCGGCGAGGACCUCGAAGCCGAAAUCCACCCGCUGAAGAACGACGGCGGGAAGUGGCGGGGCAGCCCGGGGGCCCGGGCGGGGAAGAGCGGCGGCCCGCGGAGCCCGGCCCCGCAGCCGCGCCUCUCCCGCUGCCGCACCGCGGCGCUUUUCCUCUCGCUGUUCGCCUGCCUCCUCGUGGUGUUCGUGGUCUCGUUCGCCGUCCCGUGUCCGGACCGGCCGGCGCCGCAGGGCGCGUGGAGCGUCAGCUACGACUCGGCGGUCACCUAUGACUUUCUGGCUACAGAAGACAUAAACAGGGACAGGAUCCAAGAUGUCCUCUUUCUUUAUAAAAGCACCAAGGGCAGCAGCCAUUUCAACCUAUCCUGUGCUGAUGAAGGCUUCUCCUACCCCUGCACCUUUGUGGCGGCCAUGUCGGGGGCCAACGGCAGCAUGCUCUGGGAGAGGCCCGCAGCCCAGGAUGGGGCCCUCGUGGCCUGUGCCGUCCCGCAGCCAGAGGGCAGUGGGGCCUCCGCCUGCAUCAUCGUGGGCAGACCAGGCCCCUUCGUGGCUGUGGACUCGUCCACAGGGCAGAGCCUGUGGAACCGCCCCAGCGGCUUUGGGAGCAACGUGUCCGUCCUCGGCCCUCCGCUCCAGGUGCCGGAUGCCGACGCCGACGGGGCUCCAGACCUGCUGGUUCUCACCCACGAGGAAAGGGAGGUUAUCGGCUAUGUCUAUUCAGGAAGCACCGGGAAACAAAUUGGCCGCGGGGGCUGCCUCGGGGUGGAUGGGACCAGCGGCUCCCUCCUGCACGUCACCAGGGCAGGUGCCCACUACAUCCUUCUGCCCUGUGCUCAUGCCCUGUGUGGCUGCUCCGUGAAGGGUCUCUAUGAGAAGGUGACCGAGAGAGACAGUGCCCUGAAGAAGGAUGCCCUGUGGGAGGACAUGCUCAGCAUGCUCCCUGGCAGGCUGCCCAGGCGCAGCUCAGGGGCCGUCCGCCACCUGAUGAGUGUGCCGGGGGAUGCUGGUGAGGACCUGCUCCUUGUGAGCUCCGAGGCCUGUGUGCUGUUGGACGGACAGGAUCUGGCGCCCAGGUGGACUCUCAGUGUAGCCCAGGUCCCGAGAAAACCUGUCCUUGGCCACUACAAACCUGACACCUUGGCCGUGGUCAUUGAAAACGGAACUGGCAUUGACAGACAGAUCCUGCUCUCGGACCUCAGCACUGGGGCUGUCCUGUGGAGCCAGGCCCUCCCUGGCCUCCCUGGGGACCCGCAGUCCGCCAGCCUGCCAACUGCAGACCACCGCUCAGCCUUCUUCUUCUGGGGCCUGUGCGAGCCAGAGGGUGCCAACCAGACGGAACCCAGACACGCCCGGCACAGCCUGUACAUGCUCCACCCCUCGCUGCCCGGCAUUCUGCUGGAGCUGGUCAACGUCUCCGCCAACAUCGUCGCCUUCCAAGUGGCCCUGUUUGAGCCCGGCCGCCACGCCGCCUUUGUCCUCCUGACGGGCCCAGCCAGCCCCCACACCCCGGGCCUGGUCUCCGUGGUCAAGCACAAGGUGCGGGACCUGGUCCCCGGCAGCAGAGUGGUCCGCCUGGCUGCGGGCGUGCCUGACAGCGACCAGGCCAUCCGGGACCGGUUCUCCCGCCUGCGGUACAGAAGUGAGGCCUAGGUGCAGAGCAGCUGCCGGAAUGAGCGCCCUGGGGAUUGCCCCUCACUGCUCAGUCCGCAUGCUGGCUGCCCCCUCCUGACUGACGACGCCCUCCAUGGGGUGUCAGUCCUGCCAGCAUGCUGUCCUCUCACAAUGGGGUCAUGCUCAAGGCCGGCUGCCUUUGUGCAGGCCUCACUGGGCCCCUUGGGCCUUGCUUGCCCUGCAGCACCCCACCUCCCUUGUCUACACCCAGCAGGGCCAUCGUUGUGGAGGAGCCCAGGCCUGCCCUGCACUGUCCCCCUGGGGUGUUGGACCCUGGGGUGGCCUUGGCCGCAGCUGGGACCUGAGGCAGUGCCAGCCCCCAGCCCCUCCAAGAGCAAGGAGGGGAGGCCCUGGCAUGGUUGGUGACUGGCCUCGGAGGGCCCUUAGGCCGGACGGGUGUGCAGGAGCUUGGGGGGGCAUGGAGGGUGGGGCUGCCCUGGAGCUGGGAGGCUGGCCUGCUGCCCAUGGACACCCCCCGGGGCCUUACGCCCCUCUGCUGGUUGACUGCUGUGAAUGUCCUGAGGAACUGGCCAUGGGACGCACCUGGGGUCACUUGGCGCCCCCUUCACACACUGGAGCUGCUUAUCCCCUGGUCCCUGUGCCUCUCCUUCCUGGUGCCACCGUCCCGGGCAGUGGUGCACGAGAUGCAGGACCCACCUCUGUGCCUUGUACCCCAGGCCGCCGCGGUGCUCGUGUGGCUCAGCCUCACCCCAACAAAAAAAAUCCAGUCCCGCAGGAAGAAAUAACAGAAUAAACAUUUGCACUGUCUGAAAAGG